AUGGACGUACAAGAUACUGUGAUGAAGCCCAGUGAUCCCCUUUCUGCAAAUGUCGACGAGACGCCACGACCGCUUCCGCGCAUUAGUGUGAUGGACUACGAAGCCUUCACGAACCGCCAUCUGGCGGACCUCGGUCAGGAGGAAGAGGACUUUCAAGUUUGCCACUGGCCGAUCGAGUCCUGGCAUUCGCUCGAUAAGCGCAUAACCGGGCCUGAGUUUGAGUGUGGUGGUCAUCGCUGGCGCAUUCUCCUAUUCCCGUUUGGUAACUCUAAUGGACAGCCCUACGACAUGGUCUCUGUGUACCUCGACUAUGCUGAUAACGAGGACACGCCCCCUGGCUGGCACGCCUGUGCGCAGUUUGCGCUCGUCAUCUCGAACCCCAACGAUCCAACGCUGUUCUCUUCGAGUCAAGCUCACCACCGCUUUACCGCUGAGGAAAUGGACUGGGGCUUCACGCGCUUCAACGAGUUUCGCAAGCUGACCACAGCCGUGGAACCCAACACGCGCCCGAUUAUCGAGGACGACAAGGCCGUUGUGUCGGCUUAUGUGCGUGUGCUCAAGGACCCGACGGGUGUGCUAUGGCACAACUUUAUUAACUACGACUCGAAAAAGGAGACGGGCUAUGUGGGCAUUAAGAACCAGGGCGCCACCUGCUACAUGAACUCGCUGCUCCAAUCGCUGUACUUCACCAACUACUUCCGUCGUGCCGUGUACCAGAUCCCCACCGAGCAGGAUGUGCCUACGGAGAGCGUGGCAUACGCGCUGCAGCGUGCGUUUUAUCUGCUGCAGACUUCGAACCAGUCUGUGGGCACGACGGAACUGACCAAGUCGUUCGGUUGGAAGUCGUUUGAUACAUUCUUGCAGCAUGAUGUGCAAGAGUUCAAUCGUGUCCUGCAGGAGAAGCUAGAGGAGAAGAUGAAGGGCACAGCUGCCGAUGGCGCCAUUUCCCGUCUUUUUGUCGGUAAGAUGAAGAGCUUUUUGCGCUGCGUGAAUGUGGACUACGAGUCUUCGCGCUCCGAAGACUUUUACGACAUCCAGCUCAACGUCAAGGGUAUGGCGAACUUGGAGGACUCGUUCGCCAACUACAUCCAAACCGAAAUGCUCGAAGGCGACAACAAAUACCAUGCUGAAGGCUAUGGCCUGCAGGAUGCUGAGAAGGGUGUCAUCUUCGAGCAUUUCCCGCCCGUCCUGCAUCUCCAACUGAAGCGCUUCGAGUAUGAUAUGAUGCGCGAUACUAUGGUGAAGAUCAACGACCGCCACGAGUUCCCACUAUCGAUUGACCUUGCGCCGUAUGUCAUUGACGAAAAGAAAGGGGAGCCGUGGGUAUAUCGUCUGCAUGGUGUGUUGGUGCACUCGGGCGACUUGCACGGUGGUCACUAUUUUGCCCUCAUCAAGCCCGAGGCCAACAGUGGCUGGUUCCGUUUCGACGACGAUCGGGUGACGCGUGCGACACUUAAGGAAGUGCUCGAAGACAACUUCGGCGGCGAGGUUCUACCGCCGCUUCACAUGAACAAGAACCAGCUUUCCAACACGGCACCUGUGCGCGCGAUGAAGCGGUUCACGAAUGCGUACAUGCUUGUGUACAUACGCGAGUCGAAGAUCGACGAGAUUCUGCGCCCCAUUACGAUUGAAGAGAUCCCUGCCUACGUGCGCGAACGUCUGGAGGAUGAACGCCUGCAACUGGAGGCCCGUCGCCGUGAGCGUGAAGAACAGCACCUCUACCUCACGGUCAAGAUUGUUACGGAGGAGAUCUUCCAGCGUCACCAGGGCUUUGACAUUGCCACGCUGGACGAUCGCUCGCUGCGCCCCACGGAUGUGCCUACGUUCCGUGUUAUGAAAAAUGAACCGGCUAUCAGUUUCAAGGCCCGUCUCGCCCAGCACUUUAACCUACCGCCGCACCUCGUGCGAUUGUGGGUGCUGGUAAACCGCCAGAACAAGACUAUUCGGCCUGACGCGGUGAUGCCAGAAAAUGAUCCCGCCCUGACUUUGGAUGUUGUGCGUGAGCGCAUGGCCUCGCGCCAGCACGACCUGCGGCUGUUUAUGGAACUGAUCCAUCCAACGAGCCUGGCGAUGCGCCACUAUGACCCCGACACGCCUGGCAAUGCAAUCAUGGUGUUCCUCAAGUACUUUGACACGUCGCGGCAGUCACUGCUGGGCGUCUCGCGCAUGUAUGUCCAGCGCCAGAUGAAGGUGGGUGAUCUAGUGCCGACAAUCAAUGAGCUGAUGCGCUGGCCGCCGAGUACCCAUGUCAAGCUGUACGAGGAGAUCAAGCCUGGUAUGAUUGAGGUACUCAAGAUGAAGUCAACGUUCCAGCAGAGUGAGAUCCAGGACGGCGACAUUAUCUGCUUCCAGAUUGAGCUGUCGGAGAAGGACGCCGCGGACUACGAAGUGCAGCAGCUCUGCUCGAACCCGGUACAGUUCUACGAUAUGUUGCAGAACCAGGUCCACGUGCUCCUUAAGCCUCGCCAGCCUAGUGAGACUUGCUCGCAAGAAUUUGAGAUGACGCUGAAUCGCAAGAUGACCUAUGACAUGCUUGCGACGAAGGUGGGUGAGCGAUUGCAGCACGACCCGCUAAAGCUGCGCUUCACUGCGGCCAAUGGCCCGAACGGCACUCCUAAGACCAUCUUUCGGCGCUCUGCGAACCAAACCGUAAGUGAAAUUAUCCACUCUAGCUAUCUCCAGGGCCACGCAAGCCUCCUCUACUACGAGUUCCUAGACAUUAGCAUCGUGGAGCUGGAGUCAAAGCGUUCGCUUCGGGUCUUUUGGAUGGGUGCGUUCAACCGAGAGGAAAUCCAGCCGCAUUUGUUCCUCAUGCCCAAGGCGUCGUAUGUGCACGACUUGGUUGAGCAGCUCACACAACUGGUCCCGAUGCGCCCGACGGGCACCCAAAAGAUGCGCAUCUUUGAGACGACGGCGAUGGGGAAGCAGCAGCGCGAGCUCUCGAUGCACGAGUGCAUUAACAAUUUGCCGGACGGCAUGGAGCUGUUUGCCGAGGAGAUUUGGCCUGAGGAGCUCAACUUGUCCGAGGACGAAAAGGUUGUCCAGGUCUGUCAUUUCACAAAGGAUGUGACGCGCAUUCACAGUGUGCCAUUCCGCUUUGUGAUCAAGCGCGCCGAGCGCUUCGCUGACACCAAGCGUCGCCUGCAAGCUCGACUGGACAUCCCAGACCGUGAAUUUGAAAAGAUCCGCUUUGCGCUUAUCCAGGUCACGCAGUACAAGCUGCCGACGUACCUGGAGGACGACGACGUGAUCUUUGAUCACAAGUUCUCGCCGGAUGACGUGCUCGGUAUGGACCACAUCGACAAGACCGGCAAGUACCACAGAUACACGCCCAACGGUGUUCAGGACCGCGGCAUCCGAAUUCGUAGCUAG